AUGACCAAAGUGGAUCAGAUGUUUAUCGACUCCUUACUAUGCGCAUUCCUCUCUACAGUAUCUUGCACCGUCCCGUAUCCAACCUCACAACCCUACAACCCGUGGUUUAAGGCUGGAGACUGGAGACUUGGUGUAGAUCCUCCCGCGCUCCUACUACUUAACACUACGCCGGGCCGUAUCUCAUCUGUGUUCCUUCUUCCUCCAGACUCCUCUGUAGUGUCUGUUUCUUCCAUCACUCCUCACCUAGGACCCAGUCGCCUGACAAGUAUUGCUUCUUUGAACCCUUCGUUCACUUUUUGCAUUCUUCCAAACUCACAGGCUGUGCCUCGUUUUUACGCACUUUUAAUCGCCAAGCCAAGUCUUAAGGAAUACCUGAGCCCACUGCAACCUAUUCAAAUCCCAGUUAUCAAACUAGAUCAAAACACCGUCAAGAUGCAUUCGCGAUUCCAGACCAUCCGAUCCCGAUUCACCCCUAGCGGAAUUCGCACAUCUUUCCGCCGCUCGUCUACGGCAUCCACUACCUCAACAAGCUCAUACCAGUCAUACAGCUCGAGUUCUUCAUCGCCUGUGAGCACGAUCAAUGCUGUAUUAUUCAGACAACCAUCAAUUGCCGACCUGGAAGAAGAGAAGCGCAGCUCCGGGCCUGAGUUGAACAUGCUCGAGCCCAGGCCCAUCGUCUACUGGGGCGGCGUUGAAGAGCGAAUGGGAUCCUUACACUUCUAA